AUGACAGCUGGACAAAAUGUGACCAUAUGUGAAGUUUUUACUGAGAGCAACAUUGAUUCAUGUGGAGAGAACAACUUUUUAGUAAAAGUUUCUUUCAGUUACAGAAGUGGUACGGGCGACUCUCAGAACCUAGCCAGCGGGCGUCAGUUCCGCGAAGAAUUAUCCGGAUGUCGCCUUUUGGCUCGAACUCAGGCCUAUUGUAUUCAACAUUGUCUUAUUAGACGCGAGUUUGACUUAGGCAUCAACUAUGUCAUGUUCACUGAGGCCUAUGUGAGAGAGGUUCCACAGCAGUUUGAUCUUGCCAUCUCCGUCAACAAGUGCGAAUUACAAUUUCAUAAGUAUCUAGACAGUCCAGUACCACACCAAGGGCAGCAGCACCACGCCAAGAGCAGCAGCACCACGCCAAGGGCAACAGCACCACGCCAAGAGCAGCAGCACCACGCCAAGGGCAGCAGCACCACGCCAAGGGCAGCAGCACCACGCCAAGGGCAGCAGCACCACGCCAAGGGCAGCAGCACCACGCCAGCACCACGCCAGGGCAGCAGCACCACCAAGGGCAGCAGCACCACACCAGGGCAGCAGCACCACCCAAGGGCAGCAGCACGGGCAACAGCACCACAGGGCAGCAGCACCACGCCAGGGCAGCAGCACCACGCCAAGCAGCAGCAGCACCACGCCAAGGGCAGCAGCACCAGCCAAGAGCAGCAGCACCACGCCAGGGCAGCAGCACCACGCCAAGGGCAGCACACCACGCCAGGGCAGCAGCACCACGCCAGCAACAGCACCACGCCAAGAGCAGCAGCACCACUCCAGGGCAGCAGCACCACGCCAAGGGCAGCAGCACCACGCCAAGGGCAGCAGCACCACACCAGGGCAGCAGCACCACACCAAGGGCAGCAGCACCACACCAAGGGCAGCAGCACCACGCCACAGCAGCACCACGCCAAGGGCAGCAGCACCACGCCAAGCAGCAGCCAAUACGCCAAGGCAGCAGCACCACACGCCAAGCAGCAGCACCACGCCAAGGGCAGCAGCACCACGCCACGCAGCAGCACCACGCCAAGGGCAGCAGCACCACGCCAGAGCAGCAGCACCACGCCAAGGCAGCAGCACACGCCACCAGCAGCACCACGCCAAGCAGCAGCACCACAGCAGCACCACGCCAAGGGCAGCAGCACCACGCCAAGAGCAGCACCACGCCACACAGCAAAGGGCAACAGCACAGUACCAAGGGCAGUAGCACCACACCAGGGCAGCAGCACCACCAGGGCAUCAGCACCACAUCUCAGAGGAGCAGCAGUACCACACCUGGGCAGCAGCACCACGCCUCAGUGCAGCAGUACCACACCUAAGGGCAGCAGCACCACGCCAAGGGCAGCAGCACCAGACCUAGGGCAACAGCACCACAUCCAAGGGCAGCAGCACCACACCUCAGAGCAGCACACCACACCAAAGGGCAGUAGUACCACACCUAAGGGCAGUAGUACCACACCUAAGGGCAUUAGUACCACACCUACGGGCAGUAGUACCACACCUAAGGGCAGCAGCACCACACCUCAGAGCAGUAGUACCACACCAAAGGGCAGUAGUACCACACCUAAGGGCAGUAGUACCACACCAAAGGGCAGUAGUACCACACCAAAGGGCAGCAGCACCGGCACUGUCCGCAACACAAACAUCACUGGAGCAACACAAGUCAUCAACAGCGAAUGA